AUGGCUGAUACCCCUCCAACAACACAAUUGCAGCGAGAGGCCGAGGUGGUCUCGGAGCAUCUUCCCUCUGGCUAUGGGGCUUCGUUCGAUGGAAUGUCUGGCAUCACUGCUACGGCGUCCUCGUUGGCCCCCAACCUGACAGACACCGAGGAAUCGUCCUUGACCCUGCAGGGAGGUGACAUUCACCGGGACCUGUUCAAGACGGCAGCCAGGGCCAGGAUGCACAGGCGAGCGGCCACUUUUCAUCAUCACCAGCACCAGGAAGAGGACGAUGAACUCCUGGCUGUCAGCAAUCAAUUAGCCCCCGGAGGUUUCCGGAGAGCCUACAUCCAGCAACAACACCAAUCACGGCAACAAUUCCUGGCGGCAAGGAUGCCGGUGACGCGAAACUUUGUCGAGUUUCUGGAUUUGUAUGGCAGUUUUGCCGGAGAGGAUCUCGCGGAUUCCGAUGACGAGGCUGUUAUGUCCGACGAGGAAGAGGAUCACGAGGACCGGCGACCGACCGAAACCAGACCAUUGCUCGGGCACCGCAAGAGCACAAGGGCUCCGAGGUCUGCGGAUGCUGGUAUGACCAAAACUUUCUUCACGCUUCUGAAGGCAUUCAUCGGGACCGGCAUCAUGUUUCUUCCCAAAGCCUUUAGCAACGGUGGUAUUCUUUUCUCGUCCGUCACCAUGCUGUUGGUCGCAGCCAUCUCCAUGGUGUCGUUCCAUCUUCUGCUUCAGUGUAAGAAGCGAUACGCCGGUGGGUACGGUGAGCUCGGUGGGGCCAUCGCCGGCAAGCGCAUGCGUGCGGUGAUCCUGGGGUCCAUCACGCUCUCUCAGCUUGGCUUCGUGUGUGCUGGAAUUGUCUUCGUGGCCGAGAACCUCACGUCCUUCCUAGAAGCUGUCACCCAGGGAAACAACGGGCUGUCCACAGCCACUCUUAUUCUCAUACAGCUCAUUCUCCUCGUUCCUCUGGCUUGGAUUCGAAACAUUUCGAAGCUCGGCCCAGCCGCCCUCCUGGCCGACGUUUUUAUUAUGAUCGGGUUGAUCUACAUUUACUACUUCGAUAUCGCGGCCAUCGCAACCCAUGGAGUCCACAAGUCGGUGGCGCUGUUCAACCCGGAGAAGUAUACGUUGACAAUAGGCGCGGCCAUUUUCACCUUCGAGGGCAUUGGGCUCAUCCUGCCCAUCCAAUCCUCCAUGGCCAAGCCACAUCGCUUCGAGUACCUCCUCGGAGUCGUCAUGCUCAUCAUCACCGUGAUAUUCACAUCCGUCGGAGCUCUUUGCUACGCUACCUUCGGAGACAACACAUACAUCGAGAUCAUCAACAACUACCCGCAGGACAACAAGUUCGUCAAUGCGGUGCAGUUCCUCUACUCGCUGGCGGUCUUGAUUGGGACGCCUGUUCAACUUUUCCCUGCGCUGCGUAUCCUCGAGGCUAAGUUCUUCGGCAAGCGGUCGGGAAAGAAGAGCACUAAGGACAAGUGGCUGAAGAACGCCUUCCGAACCCUUCUGGUGUUCGUCUGUGGUGGCAUUUCGAUACUCGGCGCCGGCAAUCUGGAUCGAUUCGUUGCUUUGAUUGGGUCCUUUGCUUGCGUACCGCUGGUGUACAUCUACCCCCCGUACUUGCAUUACAUUGGCAUCGCUACAACGUGGCAGGCAAAGGCCGGUGACAUUGCCCUUAUGGUGCUAGGUCUCGUCUGCAUGGUGUACACGACGAUUAUCACCCUGGUCAACAGCUUUCUCCAGUAA